AUGACAGACAGUAACCCGGCGACUUCUGCCGUCGGAGUUGGCAGCGUCAAGUGUUCGGGAGAAGGAAGCCACGAAGUUCCAUGGACGGAUCGCCUGGCCGCUCUCGGAAACCUCUCGCAGUUCGUCAUUUUCGCAUCGAUGCUGAUGUACGCCUUCGGCCAUCUCUUCUUCUUCUCGGACGGGUACACCACGAAUGUGAGCGUGACGAUCGGCAACUGGUACGGAUAUCCGACCGAGGAAACGGACCACGAGGAGAUGAUUUUACCUACGUUCUUCUUCUUGCUCUGCUUCCUCCCCAUGGCGGUGGCGAUUCUCCUGUUCGAACUCCUCCGUCACUUUAACGUGCGACGCAUCGCGUCCAGCCACGUCUUGAAAUUGACUAGAAUUCUUCGCCUCAAGCCUCGGAUCAUGGGGCGCGUGCUUCACAAGAGCUUCGGCGAGUUCCUCUUCCUCGGUUUUGUCAUUGGGGGCAACGUCUACGUGUUCCAGUAUUUCUACCGAGACAACAUCGCUCCGUACGAGGACUUCAGUUCUAGUGUGGACACGACCACGUACUUGCAGACUAUCGCGCUCACGUUCGGCUACGUCUGCAUCUACAACAUGGCGUUCCUCUUCCUCCCGGCCACGCGCAACUGCGUCUGGAUGGAAUUCCUCAACAUUUCCUACGCGAACGGAGUCCGGUAUCACCGCUGGUUCGGGAUCCUCACUAUUCUGACGGCUUUGUUGCAUUGUACGGGGUUCUACUGGUCGUGGAUCCGAGAGGGAACGUGGGUGGAGGACGCCCUACCGUGCUUCAGGAACUGCAAAGUCGGUGAGGAUGGCAAGUAUCGCUGGACAAACACGUUCGGUACGAUUGCGUUGCUCUGCUUCUUGGCUAUUGGAGUCACGUCCGUGGGGAGAAUCCGCCGCAAGAUGUACGAGGCAUUCUACUACGUGCACCACCUCUUUAUCAUCGCCACCAUCUUCGUCGUUCUCCACUGGAACUCGACACUCGCGUGGCUGUUCCCUUCCGUCAUGGUUUACGCAGCAAGCCGCGCACUUUCCGUUUCGAAUGCACUCACUCCAGUCUCAGUUCGCGAGUUUACUACGCUCUCGAACGACGUCAUUAAGAUCGUGCUGGAGCGUUCAUCGACCCGCGCCGGCGAGUUCAAGGUCGGCAACUUCGUCUACUUGAACGUGCCGGCUACCUCCAAGUUGCAGUGGCACCCGUUCACCAUCAGCUCGUCGCCUAAAGCCAGCCCCGAAACACUCACGAUUCUGCUCAAGUCGCUGGGUGACUGGACGCAAGAGCUUGUCAAGUAUUCGGACGAAUGCAAGAAGAACAACGUGCUACCGACAAUUUACAUGGACGGCUACUACGGCGCAUCGUUGGAGCUGUACGUCGAAUACGCGACUGUGUGUCUCGUUGGCGGCGGAAUCGGCGUCACCCCGCUGCUGGCGAUCUUGGAGGACCUGGUAGCGAAGCUGCGUCAGAGCAAAGCUCCGAAGCAGAAGGUGUUCUUCAUCUUCACAUUCCGUGAGUUGUCACUGCUGGAGGAGAUCCACCCGCUUUUGAUGCAGAUCAAGGAGCUCGACCCGCAGCAACAGUACUUCAGUCUGCACUUCAGCCUCACUCGACCCCCGACCGACGACCAGCUCGACUACCAAAUCGACCACAGCCGGCUGUCGGGGAAGCCCCACGUCUCCGCUGCUAGCUACGACACCUCCUCUACGAAGAAAACCCCGGUACCGUUUGCAGAGCCGCUUCGAUCUCCGAUUAGCCGCGUGGUCGUCUACACUGCGUCGUUCUUCUUGACGCUGCUACUGUGGAUCGUCGUCAAGUUCGGCAACAAGAUCCAAGUGGACGACGGUAAUCUGUGGCCGCUGCAGAACUUCGUGGAGAUCAUCCUCGUCAUCCUCGUGGCGCUGCUGGGAUUCCUCGUGUUCUCGUUCAUCGAGGACAAAAAGAAGCAGAAAUCUGCGGGUACUACGUCUAGGCAAACUGUGACCCCGGGAGGAGUGGGAAACCCCUACACUAGCGACGUCCACACGCUCCGAGACCUCCUUGCCGAACACCACGUGGAAGUCGGCCACCGCCCCAAUAUGGACGAGCUCGUGCGGAAAGCACUCGACGAACACAAACUUUUCACCUCUACCCACCCGGAAACUGAGACAAAGGGCAACUCGACCAUUGGAGUCUUCAUCUCUGGACCAAAAGCGCUCAAGGACUCCACCGCGACUGCCAUCGCCGACAUUGGGGCUCUCAACUUUGAUAUCCACGAGGAAGAAUUUAAACUAUAA